AUGCACGAACACAAAUCAUAUCUAGAAUCGGAAUUAUAUAAAAGAUUACAAUUAUAUUAUUAUGACAAAGAUUCACUAUGUUAUCAGAUUCGAAAUCAAAUAGAUGAACUUAAAAAUGAAUAUUACAAAAAAAGAAAAUAUUAUUACCGGACUAUUGAGGAAUUAUCAAAAAACCUAGAUGAUCAAUUACGAGAACUAAAGAAAUAUGAUACAGGCAACAAUUUACUAGACAUUCAAGAACAAUUAUUACCAAUGCUACAACAAUUGGAACUUCAACAAUCUGGAAGUGAGUCCACUAUUCCUUACAAGGAAAUUCUAUAUCUAUUACAAUAUUAUAAGAAAAAUAGGAUUUCUAUCUAUUCUCGAAUUGAAGAAUUAAGGGAUACAAUAAAAUACUAUUACAGUAAAUAUAAUAUUGAUAACUAUCUUAAUGAGUUAAAAACUCUACAAAAACUACUCUCAUUUCGGUUUUAUGAAAUGAAUGAAACAUCUCACUAUUUGACGUUAGUAUUUGAAUUACAACAAUGUAUUCCCCUAAAGCUGGAGAAAGAUCAGGACCAAGACCAAGACCAUGAUCAGUAUCAUACACAAGACCAGAGCGAAAAUCAGAAUCAGAAACAGAAUCAAAGUGAAAAUAACAGCAGUUUUCAUAUGUCUAAACUACAGCAAAUAGCAUCUAUUCAAAGGGGAUUAUCAAUGUUUUUUUCUGAAGUACUUCCAUUAGGAAUUGAUGGUAGUUCAAGUUAUCCACAAUUAGAUUAUUUCAUUGAGCUGUUAUUAAAAUAUGUUAAUGGAUUUUAUUCCUAUUACAACGAAAUACAGGAACAACUAGAGAAACUGCCAAAACUGCUAGAAGAAUUAAAACAAAAGAGUAUUGAGCAAAAGGAAUUGAGUAUUAUGCCAAUUAGUGAUAAUAAAUUGCAAUCAGAUAAUUUGACUAACGAUGUGACAGACAAUACGAAAGAUGUUACCCCAAGUGAUGAAAAAAGUGAUGAAUCAUCCUCGGCAACAACACAAUCUAGUACAGUAGAUGAGAGUAGUAAAGGAACCUGUAUGAAUAAAACUGAAGAAGCUUCAGCCGAGAACCAUGAAGAACCCAAUGUAUCUGGAGAUCAAGGCUUUAAUGUAUAUGUGAAUCCAACGAAUCCGAUGGACAAGCAAAAUUAUACCUUACUAUUCUAUAGAAUAUAUAAUCAGAAAAUAUAUAUUCGGAGAAUAAAUCGAUCGGAUUAG